UUUUCACAUCUUCCAUGUCCUGUUCCAGAUUUUUCACUUUCCCUUUAGCUUAUAUUAGCCAUCACCGAAUCCAACCGCAACCCUUUCUGUUGCCUUCUUCUUCUUCUUCCUCUUCCUCUGCUCUCUUUAGAUCAAGCAAAAAUGGCGAAACCACACAGAGCACCAUCUGGCCGUACAAAUCUAGCUUCUUGUAUAGUAGCCACCAUCUUCUUAAUCUUUCUUGUUAUCAUAAUCCUCAUCGUCUUCUUCACAGUUUUCAAACCUAAAGACCCCAAAAUCUCCGUCAACGCUGUUCAGCUCCCUUCCUUCUCCGUCUCCAACAACACCGUCAACUUCACCUUCUCCCAGUACGUUUCUGUCAAGAACCCUAAUAGAGUUUCCUUCUCUCACUAUGACAGUACCCUCCACCUCCUCUACUCCGGCUCCCAAGUCGGCUUUAUGUUCAUUCCUGCUGGCAAGAUCGAUGCUGGUCAGACCCAGUACAUGGCUGCGACCUUCGCCGUUCAGUCCUUUCCCUUGUCCACCUCACCGGAUGCGGCGGUGAAUGUGGGUCCGACUUUCAGUGACGGUGGCUUCGGCGGUGGUCCCGGUGUUAAUAAUGGGUUCCGAGUAGGACCGACGAUGGAGAUUGAGUCAAGGGUUCAAAUGGCGGGUAGGGUUCGGGUACUCCACAUUUUUACGCAUCACGUGGAGGCUAAGGCUGGGUGCAGAGUCGUCAUUGCUGUGAGUGACGGAUCUGUGUUAGGCUUCCAUUGCUAGCAAUUCCUUCUCUGGAUUGUUCAUCUUCUAGAUCUUAAUUUAACUGUAGUCGUUUUAGUGUCUUUUGGGUUUUGAAUUAGCAUAUCUAAUUGUUGAAGAAAUUGUAAAAAUUGAUUUUGGUAGUAAUAUUUUCUGUGGCCUGUGAUCUAUAUUUUGAAAAUUUUUGAGCUUUUGUAA